AUGGAUCCAUUAAAGAAACUGGUCCACUGGCUUGAGGGCGACUCACAGCGUCCUGCAGCCGUCGUGUCCUCAAAAAUCCAUAUAAAUAAAGACGAUGUGACCGGUCGGUCGCUCGUAGCGAACAGCAAGAUAGUCAAAAACGAGCCACUGAUAACUAUACCGCACUCUUAUUUAUUGAACUAUGUUACAGUACUCAAGCAUCUUGAGAAAAGCACAAACUGGGUUUUUCCCAUCAACUGUAAGAACUACAUCUAUAUUCCUGAUGGGCAGAUUGAUCCAAUUUAUGCCAAUUUCGAAUUAUCGAAACUGCUGCAGUUAUCGUCCUUUCAGCUUGUUUCACUCUACCUCGUUCUGGAAAAACAAAAACCAGAAUCUUAUUGGAAACCCUUCAUCGACGUGCUCCCAUCAAUAUCAGAGCUUGAUGGGAUGCCUAUGAUUUGGGCUCUUCAAAAUGAUCCAAUAUUCGAUUUGCUACCAAAUUCUAUAAAAGAGCACUCUAAAGCCCAACAGGAAAAAUUCCUUAGCGACUACAGAACUGUUCAGGAGUUUCUUUCUGAUGUUGGCUUGGACUGUACAAGUCUUGUUUCCCAGGAUGAUUUUCUAUGGGCUUGGGUUUGCUGCAAUUCAAGAUGCCUAUAUAUGGAACUACCAGAAAUAUUGGACAAACAGCUGGAGGAUAAUUUUACACUGGUUCCUUUCGUUGACUUCAUUAACCACGCACCUGAUGAUCAUUGCUCCAUUAAUAUCUCUUCUACAAAAGGAUUUCAAGUGACGUCUGGGUCCUAUCCAUAUAGCGAUGGAGACCAAAUAUUUUUCAGCUAUGGAGCGCACAGUGACGAGUUUCUUCUCUGCGAAUAUGGAUUUAUGCUACCCGCUCGUUGUAAUCCAUGGAACAGCCUAGACAUAACACCUUACAUUCUGAAAUUGCUCAAAGGUGAACAAUCGGAAUUCCUCAAGAAACACAACUACUACGGUGAGUACACGCUAACGUCAGAUGAAAUGUCGUUCCGAACUGAAAUUGCUCUCGCAACGCUACAGGAAAAAGAUCUCAGCAAAAUACUUCCGAUCAUUAAUGGCAUGAGCGAGGGUGCUCCAUAUAAAAAGAACAGCCACUUACUAGUUCAAAAGAUCCUGAAUAAAAUUCUGGCUGCGUCCAAAGACAAACAAGAAAAGGUGCGCCGAUAUCCCAAAUCCUACAGGUCAUCGUUAAUUGUUCAAGCGCAUCAUAAUAUCAAUAUAAUUUGCGACGCCUAUAUACAGCAUUAA